AUUAUAUAACCCCCACCUCGGUCGUGCUUCCUCACCCUUCCCCCACCUACACAACAACAACCACAUCCAAAAUGGCUCCCACUGUCGACUUUGACCCCAAGGGCAUGAUCUACCGCAACCUCGGUGACUCUGGUCUCCGUGUCCCCGUCUUCUCGUACGGCGGCUGGCUCACCGUCGGCGGUACCCAGAAGGGCGACAUUGUCAAGGACAUCAUGAAGCAGGCCUUUGACCUCGGCAUCAACAUGUUUGACGUGCGUGUUGUGAAUGGGAACGCCGAGGGCUACGCCGCUGGCCAGUCCGAGCUCGAGAUGGGCCGCGUGAUCAAGGAGCUCGGCUGGGACCGUCGCGACAUCAUCAUCUCGACGAAGAUCUUCUUCGGCACUGCCCGCAAGGAGACGCAGAACACGCGCGGUCUCUCGCGCAAGCACAUUAUCGAGGGUGCCCACGCGUCGCUCGAGCGUCUCGGCCUCGACUAUGUCGACGUCAUCUUUGCCCACCGCCCGGACAACACUGUCCCCAUGGAGGAGAUUGUCCGCGCCUUCAACUGGCUCAUCGACAACAACAAGGCCUUCUACUGGGGCACGUCCGAGUGGUCGGCCGGCCAGAUCCAGCAGGCCAAGGAGAUUGCCCGCCGCCUCAACCUCGUCGGCCCUACCGCCGAGCAGCCCCACUACUCGAUGCUCCACCGCGAGCGCUUCGAGAUCGAGUACGCCAACCUCUUCAAGAAGGAGGGCCUCGGCAGCACCAUCUGGUCGCCGCUCGACUCGGGCAUCCUCACGGGCAAGUACAACGACGGCGUGCCCGAGGGGUCGCGCUUCGCGACCAACAAGGACUUCUUCUCCAAGACCGUGUCCGAGCUCCAGAGCCCCGAGGGCCAGGCCAAGCUUGCCAAGGUCCGCGCCCUCUCGGCCGUCGCCGAGAAGUUUGGCACCACCAUGACCAACCUCGCCCUCGCUUGGACCCUCCUCAACCCCAACGUCUCGACCUGCAUCCUCGGCGCCACCAAGCCCGAGCAGCUCGCCGAGAACAUUAAGGCCCUCGAGGUGUACAAGAAGCUCGUCAAGGCUCCCGAGGUCAUUGCCGAGAUCGAGAAGAUCCUCGACAACAAGCCUGCUCUUCCCGACAGCUACGGCCGUCUCUCGGCCACUGGCGAGCUGAUCUAGGCGGGCGUGUGAGUGUCAGAAGGUGCCAGUCGAGUCCACGGCAGUGUAGCUGUAUACAAAAUGCAACAGAUGUGUGCAAG